AUGCUGCUGGCCCUGCUGGAGGACUGGUGCCGCGGGAUGGAGGUGGACAUGCAGCGCGCGCUGCUGGUCACCGGCAUCCCCGAGGACUGCGGCAAGGCGGAGAUCGAGGAGACGCUGCACCCCGUGCUGGCCCCGCUCGGGCCCUUCGCGGUGCUCAACAGGAUCUUCCUGCGGCAGGAAAAGGCCAAGGCGGCGCUGGUGGAGCUGGGGGAGGGCGUGAGCCUGCGCGCCGUGCCCCGCCAGUUGCCCGGCCGGGGCGGCCAGUGGCGCGUGGUAUGCCACGACCCCGAGCAGGAUGCCGACUUCCUCCGCCACCUCAACGACUUCCUGAAAGCCGAGGGCCGCACCUGGGAGGACGUGGGGCGCCUCCUGCAGCUGUACAAGCCGCCGCCCCCCCAGUACCAGCCUCCCGAGAACUGGGCCGAGGUGCUGGGAGUGCUGCUGGGCGCCGUGGUGCAGAUCUUCUUCCACAUGGACGCCGAGACGCGUGGUCGUGGGGAAGUGCCAGCGGGGACUGCGGCCAGGAGGAAGAGCAAGACAGAAGUGGGCCCUACUGAGGCCCCGGCCGUUGGGGUCCAAGGGUGCCCCGCUGGGAAGAGGGAGCAGUCUGAUUCACCCUGGAAGGGUGCUUCCGAGGAGGGGGAACCCCCCAAAGUUGGGGGGCGCAAGGCUGGCUCUAAGUCGCGCUCCCAGAAGAAAAAGCAGAAGAGCCCCAAGGAGGAAGGCACAGCUCCUUUGCCUAGUGGUGAGGCAGGGGGUGUAGGAAAGGGGGAGCCCCCCAGAGAGAAGAUUCCCUCAGAGCUCAGAGGGAAGCAGGAGGUGGAAGAGAAGCCCCCUAUCAAGGGCAAAGGUCACUCAGGUGAAACCCAGGUGGUUGCUGGGAAACCUGAGAUGACCCCCAAAUCUGACCGGGACGGUGGGCAGGAAGGGCCCCCCAAGAAAAAGGCCAUGGGCUGGGCCAAGACCCAGAUCUCCUUGUCCACACGAAAGACAGGGGACAAGAAGCUGGUCCCCUAUUCCCUGGCCAACUCAGAAGACCACAAGAAGCAGCCGGUUUCCUCUUAG